AUGCAGCAUGCUGGGACAUGUGGGUAGAGAUGUCAGUCCUCAUCUCACAAUCGCUCGUCAGUGCGUUGCUGCGCUGCUCUCAUUCUGCUCUCACUCUGCUCUCAUUCUCUCUUGUUUUGUCGCUCAGAACUGAACAGGCAAUUCUCUCUCGUUGUGUCACUCAGACUGAAGACAGAGUUACAUGUUUAUCGUUUACGAGGACGUAUCGACCCUCAAUGAGGACAUUGGGCAUGGCUGUUUUCAAGCAACAGAGAGUAGAGGACUUCUAUGAGAUUGGUGAAGAGCUGGGGAGUGGCCAGUUUGCCAGCGUGAAGCGUGUCCGGGACAAGUGCUCGGGUCUGGAGUAUGCUGCCAAGUUUGUGAAGAAGUGUCAGAACCGGGCCAGCAGGAGGGGAGUGAGGAGGGAAGACAUAGAGAGAGAGGUGGACAUCCUACAGCUGGUCACACAUGCCAACAUUGUAGCGUUGCAUGAUGUCUACGAGACCCGCACUGACGUGGUGCUCAUACUGGAACUGGUGUCUGGAGGAGAGCUGUUUGACUUCCUGGCUCAGAAGGAGUCUCUGAGCGAAGAGGAAGCUACCCAGUUCAUCAAACAGAUCCUGAACGGAGUCCAGUUCCUCCAUGGCAAGAGGAUAGCACACUUUGACCUCAAGCCUGAGAACAUCAUGCUGUUGGAUAAGAAUGUUGAUCUGCCGCGCAUCAAGCUCAUAGACUUUGGUCUGGCUCAUAAGAUGGAUCAGGUUGGGACGGACUUUAAAAAGAUCUUUGGAACACCUGAAUUUGUGGCUCCAGAAGUCGUCAACUAUGAGCCUCUGGGUUUAGAAGCAGACAUGUGGAGCAUCGGAGUCAUCACCUACAUACUUUUGAGUGGAGCGUCGCCGUUCCUUGGUGACUCGAAGCAGGAGACUCUAGGGAACAUCUCAGCCGUAGCCUACGAGUUCGACGACGAGUUGUUCAGCAGGACCAGUGAGCUGGCCAAGAGCUUUAUACGACAACUACUGGAGAAAGACACCAGAAAACGGUUGACAAUCCAUGGUGCUCUGAACCAUCCCUGGAUACAGCCGUUGGACUCCAGACAGGCCCUGGUAAAGAGACAGUCUGUGGUCAACCUGGAGAACUUCAGGAGACAAUACGCCCGACGCAGGUGGAAGCUUUCCUUCAGAAUUGUGUCUCUCUGUAACCAUUUGACUCGUAUGAUGAAGAAAGGUCAUCCCAAGCUGGCAGCCCAGGACGAGAGGGACUGUGAGAGCGACCAGGAGACGGAGAUGAUCAUGAAGAAAAGACCCAGAACCAGGAAGAGAAGCAACACUUCCUGAAACCUGCCUAUCUUUUCUGAUUUGUUGAAUGUGUGUCUGUAGCACACAUGAUUGGUCCAAAAGCAGCCACAGAGACUAAUUCAAAAACUGCUGUCCAUACAAUGUCUUUUAUAUGUUGCACAGCAUUCUAAAAACACAUUUUCUGGGGCGAUAGAUGAAACGCGUUGAUAGUGUUUCCUAUGGAGGGAUUUCAGCGCCAACAGAAAUGGUUUGAAUCCCUGCCUUCUGUAAAGCUAUCUAGAUUGUAGAAAUGUACAUGUGAUAGGGGACAGGUUACACGGUACAGGUUAGGGUUACAGGUUAGGAUAGGGGACAGGAUAGGGUACAGGUUAGGAUAGGGUACAGGUUAGAGUUACAGGUUAGGGUUACAGGGGACAGGUUACACGGUACAGGUUAGGGUUAGGGUUAGGGUACUGGUUAGGGUUAUAGUGGACAGGUUAGGGUUACAGGUUAGGAUAGGAGACAGGUUAGGGUUACAGUGGACAGGUUAGGGUUACAGUGGACAGGUUAGGGUUACAGUGGACAGGUUAGGGUUACAGUGGACAGGUUAGGGUUAUAGUGGACAGGUUAGGGUUAGGGUUACAGUGGACAGGUUAGGGUUACAGUGGACAGGUUAGGGUUAGGGUUACAGUGGACAGGUUAGGGUUAUAGUGGACAGGUUAGGGUUACAGGUUAGGAUAGGGGACAGGUUAGGGUUACAGUGGACAGGUUAGGGUUACAGUGGACAGGUUAGGGUUACAGUGGACAGGUUAGGUUUACAGUGGACAGGUUAGGGUUACAGUGGACAGGUUAGGGUUACAGUGGACAGGUUAGGGUUACAGUGAACAGGUUAGGGUUACAGUGGACAGGUUAGGGUUACAGUGGACAGGUUAGGGUUAGGGUUACAGUGGACAGGUUAGGGUUACAGUGGACAGGUUAGGGUUAGGGUUAUAGUGGACAGGUUAGGGUUACAGUGGACAGGUUAGGGUAUAUGUUGGGGUGCAGGUUAGGGUUACAGUGGACAGGUUAGGGUAUAUGUUGGGGUGCAGGAUAGGGUACAGGUUAGGGUACAGGUUAGAUUUAGGGUACAGGUUAGGGUUACAGUGGAAACAAAGAGGACAGCUCACAGAUAAUUUAAUGUUGUUAUCCAAUUGUCUUAAAUAACCAACUUCCUCAUUCUGCUGUUGUCCUUGUAAAUGAACAACCUCCUCAUUCUGCUCUUGUCCUCAUUCUGCUGUUGUCCUCAUAAGAGACUAACUUCCUCAUUCUGCUGUUGACCUCAUAAGAGACUAACUUCCUCAUUCUGCUGUUGUACUCAUUUUGCUCUUGUCCUCAUUCUGCUGUUGUCCUCAUCAAUUAACAACUUCCUCAUUCUGCUCUUGUCCUCAUUCUGCUGUUGUCCUCAUAAGAGAAUAACUUCCUCAUUCUGCUGUUGUCCUCAUAAGUGACUAACUUCCUCAUUCUGCUGUUGUCCUCAUAAGAGACUAACUUCCUCAUUCUGCUGUUGACCUCAUAAGAGACUAACUUCCUCAUUCUGCUGUUGUACUCAUUUUGCUCUUGUCCUCAUUCUGCUGUUGUCCUCAUCAAUUAACAACUUCCUCAUUCUGCUCUUGUCCUCAUUCUGCUGUUGUCCUCAUAAGAGAAUAACUUCCUCAUUCUGCUGUUGUCCUCAUAAGUGACUAACUUCCUCAUUCUGCUGUUGUCCUCAUAAAUGAACAACCUCCUCAUUCUGCUGUUGUCCUCAUAAGAGACUACCUUCCUCAUUCUGCUGUUGACGUCAUAAGAGACUAACUUCCUCAUUCUGCUGUUUCCCUCAUUCUGCUGUUGUCCUCAUUCUGCUGUUGUCCUCAUAAGAGACUAACUUCCUCAUUCUGCUGUUGUCCUCAUAAGAGACUAACUUCCUCAUUCUGCUGUUGUCCUCAUAAGAGACUAACUUCCUCAUUCUGCUGUUGUCCUCAUUCUGCUGUUGUCCUCAUAAGAGACUAACUUCCUCAUUCUGCUGUUGACCUCAUAAGGGCCUAACUUCCUCAUUCUGCUGUUGACCUCAUAAGUGACUAACUUCCUCAUUCUGCUGUUGACCUCAUAAGUGACUAACUUCCUCAUUCUGCUGUUGUCCUCAUAAAUGAACAACCUCCUCAUUCUGCUCUUGUCCUCAUUCUGCUGUUGACCUCAUAAGUGACUAACUUCCUCAUUCUGCUGUUGACCUCAUAAGUGACUAACUUCCUCAUUCUGCUGUUGUCCUCAUAAAUGAACAACCUCCUCAUUCUGCUCUUGUCCUCAUUCUGCUGUUGACCUCAUAAGUGACUAACUUCCUCAUUCUGCUGUUGACCUCAUAAGUGACUAACUUCCUCAUUCUGCUGUUGACCUCAUAAGUGACUAACUUCCCCAUUCUGCUGUUGUCCUCAUAAAUGAACAACCUCCUCAUUCUGCUCUUGUCCUCAUUCUGCUGUUGACCUCAUAAGUGACUAACUUCCUCAUUCUGCUGUUGACCUCAUAAGUGACUAACUUCCUCAUUCUGCUGUUGUCCUCAUAAAUGAACAACCUCCUCAUUCUGCUCUUGUCCUCAUUCUGCUGUUGACCUCAUAAGUGACGAACUUCCUCAUUCUGCUGUUGACCUCAUAAGUGACUAACUUCCUCAUUCUGCUGUUGUCCUCAUAAAUGAACAACCUCCUCAUUCUGCUCUUGUCCUCAUUCUGCUGUUGACCUCAUAAGUGACUAACUUCCUCAUUCUGCUGUUGUCCUCAUAAAUGAACAACCUCCUCAUUCUGCUGUUGUCCUCAUUGUGCUCUUGUCCUCAUUCUGCUGUUGUCCUCAUUCUGCUGUUGUCCUCAUUGUGCUCUUGUCCUCAUUCUGCUGUUGUCCUCAUUCUGCUGUUGUCCUCAUUCUGCUGUUGUACUCAUUUUGCUCUUGUCCUCAUUCUGCUGGUGUCCUCAUCAAUGAACAACUUCCUCAUUCUGCUGUUGUCCUCAUAAGAGCCUAACUUCCUCAUUCUGCUGUUGACCUCAUAAGAGACUAACUUCCUCAUUCUGCUGUUGACCUCAUAAGUGCCUAACUUCCUCAUUCUGCUGUUGACCUCAUAAAUGAACAACCUCCUCAUUCUGCUGUUGUCCUCAUUCUGCUGUUGACCUCAUAAGAGACUAACUUCCUCAUUCUGCUGUUGACCUCAUAAGAGACUACCUUCCUCAUUCUGCUUUUGUCCUCAUUCUGCUUUUGUCCUCAUAAGAGAUGAACUUCCUCAUUCUGCUGUUGUCCUCAUAAGAGACUACCUUCCUCAUUCUGCUUUUGUCCUCAUUCUGCUGUUGUCCUCAUUCUGCUUUUGUCCUCAUAAGAGACUAACUUCCUCAUUCUGCUUUUGUCCUCAUAAGAGAUGAACUUCCUCAUUCUGCUGUUGUCCUCAUAAGAGACUAACUUCCUCAUUCUGCUGUUGUCCUCAUUCUGCUGUUGUCCUCAUUCUGCUUUUGUCCUCAUUCAGCUUUUGUCCUCAUUCUGCUGUUGUCCUCAUUCAGCUUUUGUCCUCAUUCUGAUUUUGUCCUCAUUCUGCUGUUGUCCUCAUAAGAGACUACCUUCCUCAUUCUGCUGUUGUCCUCAUUCUGCUGUUGUCCUCAUUCUGCUGUUGUCCUCAUAAUAGACUAACUUCCUCAUUCUGCUGUUGCCCUCAUUCUGCUGUUGUCCUCAUAAGUGACUAACUUCCCCAUUCUGCUGUUGUCCUCAUAAGUGACUAACUUCCUCAUUCUGCUGUUGUCCUCAUAAGUGACUAACUUCCUCAUUCUGCUGUUGCCCUCAUUCUGCUGUUGUCCUCAUAAGAGACUAACUUCCUCAUUCUGCUGUUGUCCUCAUUCUGCUGUUGUCCUCAUAAGUGACUAACUUCCUCAUUCUCAUAUGUGAACAACCUCUUCAUUCGCAUGUACUGUACAUCUAAUAAACAGAGUUAGUAAAGAUUUGUAUUAUCUCUCUUGAAAACUGGCCUUACUUUGUAUGACUGAAAUGUUCAAGUUUUGAUAUAUUUUAUUAUAUUAAUGAAAUGGGGAUUUUGUGUCUUAAGUGGGUCGUGCAUGCUGACCACACCGCUCACAUUGCGGAAUAAAUGUACACAUGCAUGUUAAUCAAUAAUUACAUCCAAACUGCUUGCGCACGUCAACGUCUGCAUAGCCAGGCGCUGAAAUAGAACCAAGUUCUAUUUGUGAUGCUGAAUGCGCUGCAAGUCCCGCCUCUCCCAUCUCCUCACUGGUUGUUAGGAACAUCUACCCACUUGGGUGAUUGAAAGCGACCGAGGUCCACACUCCAGUCCAGUUGGUGGUGGUAAUGCACCUUAAAGCUGGUUGCCAACCGUCAUAUUAAAGUCCACAGAAGAAAAGUGAAGGAGGAGAGAUGACUGGACACUAACUUCCCCUUUUAUCUGUGGGUUAACUGUCAGAGGAGAGAACAUUAACAAAUAUCUACAAAGAUCCAGGAAAAAAAAUGGACCUUGUGUAUUUCAAGUCAAAUAACAACCCAGUGUUAAUUUGAUCCCAGGACAAAUGAACUCGCUAAAUGUCCAUGAAUGUUUCACGUGUUUCGACCUGUCCCAAAUGAAUAUAAUUCGUUCAGAGUUCGUUUGGAUAUUUCAACCUGCGUGUCCUGAUUGUGUCUGGUGUCGUUGGACAAAAUCAACAUGCGUGCAAUGUGCACGUGGAUGCAAGCGUGUGCCCGGUCUCGUCAGCAUGUUCGUUCUUGUGAUUCAAUGCUGGAGGCCAUGCUGUUCAACAAAAAGGAUGUAUUUGUUUAAAAGAUAAAAAAUAAACUUUGUUAAAAAGAA